CAAUUUGCAUUUAGAAAUCUCUUGGGGUGGCAAUACUUCUGCAAAUGAAUUGGUUGCACAAUUGUCAAAUUAUUCAUUAAAAAUCCAACCAUAUGAUUUUGAAUUUGUUCCUGAAUUACAUUCUGUAAAAAAUUGGUUGAUGUGCAAACAAAAAAAUAAUCAUAUACAAAAAUUGGCUUUAAUGAUUAAUGCAAUUUCUCCUCAUAAUGUUAGUUGCGAAAGGAUGUUUUCAGCUUUAGGAUGGUAUAUGGACAAGAGACAUACUAGAUUGAAUUGCUCACUUCUUGAAAAUAUGGCACGUAUGCAUUCAUACUACGUUUCCAACACAAAAGAUGAAAUCAAAAGUGCUUAUCAAGAACUGAAUGAAACAGAAUUUGAACAAGUUGUAAUUCAAUCAAAUCUACACUUUUCUGAAUUGAUAAAUGUGGAUGAUGAAGAACUCCAAAAUGUUUUAGGAAUUGAGGUUUCUGUUGUAAUUCCACCCUAUGAAAUUAUUGAACAUGGAGAUCCAGAAUUUGAUGUAGAGUCAAUUGUAGAUAAUUUAAUGACAAGGAGAUCAAAAGGAUCAAACCAAAAUGUUAAUGUCACUAAUGAAUA